AGGCAAAAUAUGCCAGCAGCAUCGGAGCCUCUCGCCCUGGUGACACGCCAGCUGAUUGGUCAGACUACUCUGCCCUGCCUUUGCCUCCUUGUCUACCCUGACAGAUCCAUGCUGCUGGAUGCUCCUCAAAGAGCCACUCCCGCACCAUGAGCGCCAACGGGCCUGCCCCAGAACCCACCCCUGCAGCUCCAGAGGCCCCUCCCACCUCCACCCCAGCGCCAGCUCCAGCCCCGACGGCGCCGCCUCCUAUCGCUCCACCUGCCCAGACGUCCUCCACCAUACCGGUGGGUGCUUUGGCACAGAAGAAGCGGCAGCAGUAUGCCAAGAGCAAGAAGCAAGGGAGUAACGCCAACAGCAGGCCACCCAGGGCUCUUUUCUGCCUCAACCUUAACAACCCCUUACGCAGGGCCUGCAUCAGCGUAGUGGAGUGGAAGCCAUUCGAUGUCUUUAUAUUAAUCGCUAUUUUUGCCAACUGCAUGGCCUUAGCUGUCUACGUCCCUUUUCCUGAAGAUGAUUCCAACUCCACAAACCAUGACUUGGAAACAGUUGAAUAUGCCUUCCUGAUCAUUUUCACAAUAGAGACCUUCCUGAAGAUUAUUGCUUAUGGUUUGGUGAUGCACCAGAAUGCAUAUGUGAGGAAUGGCUGGAACAUGCUGGACUUUGUCAUUGUGGUUAUCGGACUCUUCAGUGUUGUCUUAGAAUUUUUGACCAAAGAAGAUAAGGGAGAGGGUGACGGAGCUAGCACCCAUCCGUCGCCGCAUGGCCAUGGAGGUAAGCCUGGUGGAUUUGAUGUUAAAGCCCUUCGAGCCUUCCGUGUGCUGCGACCCCUGCGGCUGGUCUCAGGAGUACCCAGUUUACAGGUGGUGUUGAACUCCAUCAUUAAAGCCAUGGUUCCUCUGCUGCACAUUGCCCUCCUUGUCUUGUUUGUCAUCAUCAURUAUGCCAUUAUCGGCCUGGAGCUUUUCAUCGGUAAAAUGCACGCAACCUGCUACAUAGUUGGCACAAACGUGAUAGAUGAAGAAUCAGCUCCAUGUGCGAUCUCAGGGCAUGGGCGCCAAUGCUCCGUCAACGGCACAGAGUGCAGAGAAGGCUGGCACGGUCCCAACGGUGGCAUCACCAACUUUGACAACUUCCUGUUUGCCAUGCUGACGGUGUUUCAGUGCAUCACCAUGGAGGGCUGGACAGACGUGCUGUACUGGAUGAACGAUGCUAUGGGUUUUGAGCUUCCAUGGGUCUACUUUGUCAGUCUUGUGAUCUUCGGCUCCUUUUUCGUUCUUAACCUGGUUUUGGGUGUGUUGAGUGGAGAGUUUUCCAAGGAGAGAGAAAAGGCCAAAGCUCGUGGAGACUUCCAGAAGCUGCGGGAGAAGCAGCAGCUGGAGGAGGACCUGAAGGGUUACCUGGACUGGAUCACCCAGGCUGAAGACAUCGACCCCGACAACGAGGACGAGACUGAUGAAGGGAGCAAGCGUAACCGGGUGACUCUGGCUGACCUCACUGAGAAGAAGAAGGGAAGGUUUGGGUGGUUCAGCCAGUCGUCCGACACUCAUGCCAGCGUUCCAGCCAGCGAAACAGAAUCUGUGAACACCGAGAAUCAGAACGGGGAAGAUGAAAAGACACCGUGCUGCGGCCCUCUGUGUCAAAAGAUCUCAAAGUCAAAGUUCAGUCGGCGCUGGCGCCGCUGGAACAGAUUCUGCCGCAGGAAGUGCCGUUUGGCGGUCAAGUCGGUGCCCUUCUAUUGGCUGGUGAUCAUUCUGGUGUUCCUCAAUACCCUGACCAUAUCAUCAGAGCAUUACAACCAGCCUCUGUGGUUAACCCAAGUGCAGGAUGUAGCUAACAAGGUGCUGCUCGCCCUGUUCACGUGUGAAAUGUUAGUGAAGAUGUACAGUCUCGGGCUCCAAGCCUAUUUUGUUUCCCUCUUCAACCGCUUCGACUGCUUCGUUGUUUGUGGAGGAAUCACUGAAACCAUUCUGGUCGAGCUGGAAAUCAUGUCCCCUCUUGGCAUCUCUGUGUUCCGGUGCGUCCGACUGCUGAGGAUCUUCAAGGUCACCCGGCACUGGCAGUCUCUGAGUAACCUGGUGGCUUCUCUGCUCAACUCUAUGAAGUCCAUAGCUUCCCUGCUGCUGCUGCUCUUCCUCUUCAUCAUCAUCUUCUCCCUGCUAGGGAUGCAGGUGUUCGGUGGAAAGUUCAACUUUGACGAAACGCAGACGAAAAGGAGUACCUUUGACAACUUUCCCCAAGCCCUUCUCACUGUGUUUCAGAUCCUGACUGGAGAAGACUGGAAUGUUGUCAUGUAUGACGGGAUCAUGGCGUACGGAGGCCCCUCCUCCUCCGGGAUGGUUGUGUGUUUUUACUUCAUCAUUCUCUUCAUCUGUGGAAACUAUAUCCUCCUGAAUGUCUUCUUGGCCAUCGCUGUGGACAAUUUGGCAGAUGCUGAAUCUCUCAACACAGAUGAAGGAGACAAGAAAGGGGACAAGAAGGACGAUGAUGACAAUAAUGAGAGGGACGAUGAGGACGAGGACAUCGAUGACAAUGCAGCGGAUGAGGAAGACCCAGAAGUUCCAUCAGGGCCUCGGCCGGUCAUCGCCGACCUGGUAAAGAAGGAAAAGAUCAUUCCUAUCCCAGAGGGAAGUGCCUUCUUCAUCUUCAGUAACACAAAUCCGGUGCGGGUGUUUUGCCACKGACUCAUCAAUCACCACAUAUUCACCAACCUCAUCCUGGUGUUCAUCAUGCUCAGCUCCGUCUCUCUCGCUGCUGAGGAUCCAAUACGAAACUUCUCAGCCCGCAACAUUAUACUUGGUUACUUUGACUAUGCUUUCACCGCUAUCUUUACUGUUGAGAUCGUUUUGAAGGUCCUAGGCUAUGCAGAUUAUGUCUUCACUAGUAUGUUUACAUUUGAGAUCGUAUUGAAGAUGACAACAUACGGAGCUUUUCUCCACAAAGGAGCAUUCUGCAGGAAUUACUUCAACCUCCUGGACCUGCUGGUGGUUGGAGUUUCCCUCGUCUCCUUUGGUAUUCAGUCCUCAGCCAUCUCGGUGGUGAAGAUUCUUCGAGUCCUCAGAGUUCUACGACCCCUGAGGGCCAUCAACAGGGCCAAAGGCCUUAAACARGUUGUGCAGUGCGUCUUUGUGGCAAUCAGAACCAUUGGCAACAUCAUGAUCGUUACCACACUGCUACAGUUUAUGUUUGCUUGUAUAGGUGUGCAGCUGUUCAAGGGAAAAUUUUAUCGCUGCACAGAUGAAGCCAAGUCCAGCCCAGUAGAGUGCAAGGGCACCUUUAUCCUGUAUAAGGAUGGAGACGUAAACCAGCCGACGGUCCACAGACGGGUCUGGCACAACAGUGAUUUUAACUUUGACAACGUCCUCAUGGCCAUGAUGGCUUUGUUUACCGUGUCUACAUUUGAAGGCUGGCCGGCUUUGCUGUACAAAGCCAUCGACUCCAACAGGGAGAACCUCGGUCCCAUCUACAACUACCGUGUGGAAAUCUCCAUCUUCUUCAUCAUCUACAUCAUCAUCAUCGCCUUUUUUAUGAUGAACAUCUUCGUGGGUUUUGUUAUCGUCACAUUUCAGGAACAGGGAGAGAAAGAGUACAAAAACUGUGAGCUUGACAAGAACCAGCGUCAGUGUGUGGAGUACGCUCUUAAAGCACAUCCACUGAGGAGAUACAUCCCCAAGAACCCAUACCAGUAUAAGUUCUGGUACGUGGUGAACUCCACAGGCUUUGAGUACAUCAUGUUUGUGCUCAUCAUGCUCAACACACUCUGCCUGGCCGUACAGCAUUACGGCCAAUCAGCACUUUUUAAUUAUGUCAUGGACAUCCUCAAUAUGGUCUUCACUGCUGUGUUCACUGUGGAAAUGUUUCUCAAACUCAUUGCUUUCAAACCCAGGCACUAUUUUGCUGAUGCUUGGAACACAUUUGAUGCCUUAAUAGUUGUUGGUAGCGUCGUGGAUAUAGCUAUCACUGAAGUCAAUAAACUUGUAGAGCCAACGGAGACUCCUCAGGUGGAUGAGAUGGGGAACACGGAGGACAGCGCUCGCAUCUCCAUCACCUUCUUUCGCUUGUUUCGAGUGAUGCGGCUGGUCAAACUCCUCAGCAGAGGGGAGGGAAUACGCACCUUGCUAUGGACUUUCAUCAAGUCCUUCCAGGCUCUGCCAUAUGUUGCUCUUCUGAUAGCCAUGUUGUUCUUCAUAUACGCUGUCAUCGGCAUGCAGGUUUUUGGAAAGAUUGCCAUGGUUGAUGGGUCACAGAUCAACAGAAACAACAACUUCCAGACAUUUCCCCAGGCGGUGCUUCUUCUUUUUAGGUGUGCCACAGGCGAGGCGUGGCAAGAGAUCAUGUUGGCCUGUAUGCCAGGAAAACUGUGUGACCCAGAGUCUGACUACAACCCUGGGGAGGAGAUGACCUGUGGGAGCGGAUUUGCAAUAAURUACUUUAUCACCUUCUACAUGCUCUGUGCUUUCUUGAUCAUCAAUUUGUUUGUGGCCGUCAUUAUGGACAACUUUGACUAUCUGACACGUGAUUGGUCCAUUCUUGGUCCUCACCACCUCGAUGAGUUCAAGAGAAUUUGGUCGGAGUACGAUCCUGAAGCAAAAGGCAGAAUUAAACAUCUGGAUGUCGUGACUCUUCUACGUCGGAUCCAGCCUCCUCUUGGUUUUGGCAAACUGUGUCCUCACAGAGUGGCCUGCAAGAGGCUGGUAGCCAUGAACAUGCCUCUGAACAGUGAUGGGACCGUCAUGUUUAACGCCACUUUGUUUGCUUUGGUGCGCACGGCUCUGAAAAUUAAAACAGAAGGUAUGCGCCAAACAUGUAAAUUCAUCCUCAAGUUUACUAUUUUUACUAAAAACCGCUUGGCUGUGGACCGGUGUUCUCAGGGUUACUUGUUUUCCUGUGGUUCAGGUAAUCUGGAGCAGGCCAACGAAGAGCUGCGGGCUGUCAUCAAAAAAAUCUGGAAGAGAACCAGCAUGAAGCUGCUGGAUCAAGUGGUGCCCCCUGCUGGUGAUGAUGAGGUAACCGUGGGGAAGUUCUAUGCCACCUUCCUGAUACAGGACUACUUUAGGAAAUUCAAGAAACGUAAAGAGGAUGGCCUGGUGGGGGCUCACCCUUCCCAGAACAGCACAGCCAUUGCCUUACAGGUGAGUACUGGGGCGCAUCUGGCAGAAAGUUGUCUGCGUGUGUGAAAGAAGAGAGAGACUAAUUUUGUGCGGGAUGGUAGCUAUAAUCUUGUUAAGUCUGUAACAUGUAUUUGCACAUUUCACUCAGAUAACAUCAGGUAUGCUAAUGUUAUGGUUUAUGAUUCAGCAGGUUCAUGAUGUGGGUGUACAGUAUGAUUCUGUUACUGUGGUUUAUAUGUUCCCAAUGUGUCUCCCUGUGACUUUAAAUAUCAUACAUGUUGAUGUUAAGCAUGUGUCACUGUCUCCAUGUGUUUACAACUCACCUCUCAUAAAAUUCACACAGCUUGUGGCCAUAUUUGUUGACUUACAAUAUAUGGCUACAGUAUGUCAUAUAUCAUGCAGAAAACUGUCCAUACCCAAAGUAAACACCGUCUAGUUCUUUUCAUAUUGUUAUUAUAGGUAGUUUUCUAUCUGGAGAAAAGAUGAUUAUUUAAGAGCAAAAACGUACUGGUUGCUACUCGAGACAUACAGCUGCAGUCAGAAGUUUUUAUACACUCGUCACAGGUGUGGAUGUGAUUUAUUUUGGGGCUUUUAUUGAUUGAUUUGAAUCGUUCUUUUCCAGGAAUACUACAACAACUUUAAAGAUUUUUGAAAAUACGAGCACGUUGUGUAUUUUCUCUAAUCCACACAGGGUCUAAAUUAUUUACACUCAAGCAGGAGUGGAGUCAGAGGCGUGGCCAGGGUGGGAAAGUGCCACCUCUGUCACCUGAUUGGCCAUCCCAGGUGCCACUCCAAAUAUUUGACAAGUGGAUGGAGAUCUUCAAUUUUGUAUUUACAUACAUGUCAACCUCUUCGGACGUUUACCUGUAUAAAGAACCUCAAAAAUCCGUAAAUUUCGCAAGAAUUCCGCACAACUUGCG